AUUUUUAUCGAAUAAGAUUAAUUAAAGAUUAAAGUUUUAAUGGAUUGGCUAAAGUAUCGGAGUUUGUUUCUGAACGUGUUUUCUCGAUCAGAAACCCAUUAGUCGCGGCCCUUGUGCGUAAAACACAUCUGCACGCAUCGUGUGAAAUCGAGCGAAUUUGAUUUAUCGUUGAGAAUCCUAUAUCACGCGCGAACCACAUCCUAUCCGCGAUACCGUCGAAGACACACGUUUUCUCUAUGGACAAACUCACACCAAGUUGCGCAAAGCCUCCCAAACGAUAGCAGAAAAGAUAAACAGUGCACCGGAUGAAUAAAGCGAAGGCGGUUACUCCAGUCUGUCAGUUCAUUGAAAGGGGAUUUGCCCUGAAAUAUGUCCGCCUACGACAACCUCACCAAAACGAAAGUAGCUAUUAAAAAAAUUUCUCCCUUUGAGCAUCAAACGUAUAGUCAGAGGACCUUAAGAGAAAUAAAAAUUCUCACGAGGUUUAAGCACGAGAACAUAAUAGACAUAAGGGAUAUAUUAAGAGCGCCGAAUCUGGAGCAAAUGAAAGACGUGUAUAUCGUUCAAUGUCUGAUGGAAACUGAUCUCUAUAAAUUACUAAAGACACAAGCUAUUAGUAACGAUCACAUAUGUUAUUUUCUGUACCAAAUAUUGCGGGGGUUGAAGUAUAUACACUCGGCGAACGUGUUACACAGAGACCUGAAGCCGAGUAAUCUGCUGUUGAAUACCACCUGUGACCUUAAGAUCUGCGACUUCGGUCUGGCGAGAGUCGCGGACCCGGAGCACAAUCACGCGGGUUUUCUCACGGAAUACGUGGCCACGAGGUGGUACAGGGCUCCGGAGAUAAUGCUUAAUUCCAAGGGUUAUACCAAAUCCAUAGACAUUUGGUCGGUGGGCUGCAUCCUGGCGGAGAUGCUCUCGAGACGAGCGAUAUUCCCCGGCAAACAUUAUCUAGAUCAGUUGAAUCACAUUCUCGGUGUUCUCGGAUCGCCUUCGUCGGAGGACCUCGAGUGUAUCAUAAACGAAAAAGCACGGAAUUAUCUCCAGUCGUUGCCAUAUAAACCAAAGGUACCGUGGACGAGCCUCUUCCCCAAUGCCGAUCCGAGAGCUUUGGAUCUCCUGGACAAAAUGUUGACGUUCAAUCCCAAUAAACGCAUCGUGGUGGAAGACGCGUUGGCGCAUCCCUACUUGGAGCAAUAUUACGAUCCUGCCGACGAGCCUGUGGCAGAGGAGCCGUUUAGAUUUGACAUGGAGUUGGAUGAUCUUCCGAAAGAAGUAUUAAAACAAUAUAUUUUCGAAGAGACUCUAUUGUUCCAAAAAAAUCAUCAAGAGAACGCUAUGUAGUCGACUGGCAUGCUGUUGCCGCCGGAAUCGCAAUAGCGGAUACGCGUGAUGAACUGAAAGAAAAAAAAAAAAGAAAAGAAUAGAGAUAUGGAAUGGAAGAGAAAAAAAUCGAACAAUCGCGGGAUUGGUUUUGAAGAAAGGGUGCUUUUUAACAAUCAUCGCCACUUCAUCGUCGCUCGAAUUACCGUCGAUUACAAAGAUUACUAGGAUAUUGACGAACGAUUUAGUUCAGCGAUCAACGAACGAUUAAUCGGGCCGAUUAGUCGGGUGAGUGAAACGCAAUGUCGGUGAGUCGCAAUGUCCGCGCAUACGCUUGUACAUUCGCAUGUCCUUACUCGGAGAAAGAAAAAUAUAUAGUGUUUCUUAUGUUACACCGAAGCAAACAUUGAUAUAUAUAUAGCAUAAUAUCAAUUGGUACAUGUAUUUUUUUAAUUUAUCAUCGUCGUACCGUACUGUACCGUACCGUACCGUACCAUACCGUCUGUCUGUGAUUUAAUUGCGAGCGUGACGAGGCGUAACACGCGACACACUUUGUCUUCAUUUCAUCGUCCUCCCGUCGAGUUAUCUUUUUUACCUCCCCCGAAAGGUGAAAUGGCUGAGAUUACAACGCGCAAUUGUAUGGCGUAAACUAGGGCAAUAUAUACAUUCGGCUUAUGGUGCCUCGAUGUUUUCCGAUAUCGGAAAUAUCGUGGAUAUCGGGGAUUAUCGAAAUAACUAAAUAACGUUCACUCCGCGAGAUUCGAACGCUUGUAGCGCAUUCGUGCUAAUUCAUUUUUUUUUUCGUAUAUAAUAUGUUUUUCGUCUCAUGUGAGUAUACGUAUGACUGUGUGUGUGUGCGUGCGUAUGUACGUACGUGUGUGUGGCAGAAUUUCUUUCGGUAUUUAAUCUGUUUAUGAUAGUCAACCGUUGUAGCGUAAUAUCGCGACGUGCCGAGCGCACGUGAAUAAAAGUAUAUAAUUUAUGUUGCAAAGAGAAUCGUGAUCUUCUUUCUGAGCGUGUGAUAGAUAAACGACGGGGUCCCCGCCAGUCGUAAGGGUUAAAGUGACAAUUUGAAGCAACAUUGUAGGAGAAGGUCCCAAGUUAGAGCAUUUCGGAGAGAUUUUACAAGUGUUAUUACAUCUCGUAUCGAAACCCUCAUCGCUCUUAGAGCCUCCCGAAAUCGAUAUCGCAAUUCAAAAUCUGUAUCUACGAUAACGUCAAUUUGAAUCGCUAGAAAUCGAAUUCGUUAAUAUGAUAUCGAUAGCUCCAUUCGGCCUUACUGUGGACAUAUAGAGAGAAUUUUCUCAAUCUCCUGUUCCCGAGAAACCUAGGUUGUGAGAGACGCGGCGAAAAUUAAAAAAAGGGAAAAAGAAUUGAAGAGAGGAGAAAAAAAAAUACUAAAACAGGGACAAAGUAUUUACUUCCUCUAUUAACUGUUACCGACCUUCACGUUCUUCGAUACAUCUAAUAAUAAUAAUUAACGAAUUAAAGAAAUAAAUUAAUAAUUAAAGAGAAAAUUCGUUGUUCGUAAGAUUCUUAUCUAGAUCUAAGAUGCAUUUCUAGUAAUUACGAAUUCUCGUUGAGGCUGAUUCGCCGCUGAUGCCGCCCGCCUCCUACUUAAGGACGCGACGCGGACGUAACAGCGAGUAAGCGUUCUGUCGUUACCAUAAUAUCAUGAUUUCAAUCUCCGUCGACUUAAUAGAUAUUUAUCUUCCCUCGGUGUUUAUCCGUUGUGCGCAGUCGUUUGGCAAAUUGUGGAUAAAAGAGUUGAUGAAUCUCUCGCGGUUUACAGUUUUUCUCAGUAACGCGCGCUACAAGCCUCGAUUACAAAACGCGCACAAAUUGCAAUCAGGUGGCAAGCAGUUCAAUUACCCCUGACGACGUUUUAUCCACGGGCGUAAUCUCUUCCAAAAUAAAAUUAGUUCGUAAUGACGCGAAUCCUUCGUAACGACAGAUUCUACAUUAGGUCAUUCCGCGCUAGAUGAUCCCAGGGGUGGGGGGAGGGAGGGAUGACGGAUUCGGAUUCCUUUAGAAUUCUACGUGUAACCCAAAGUAAAAUAAAUGUAUAUCUUUCUUCCUUGCGAUCCCACGGAUGGAGAUCGCUCGUCUUAGCUAUUACAUGAGUAUUCCACAUGCGAGUACAAAGAACUACUUCCAAUAGAUACAUAUGUAUUCUAUUUCUUCUAUUUCUCAUACGUUUCUCUUCCCGCGCGACAGUUGAAAAUUUAAAUUAAACCGCUGUAACGAAUCUUGCAACAGAGAUUUUUGAAGACCUCGUAUUAAUAAUGCAUGGCGAGUGUGAGCAAAUCUUUAUGGAGACUUGAUUUGUCUCGGCAGAGACAAUCGUUAUAGCAGUCCAGAUAAUACGUUAGAAUUUACAUACACGCGAUCAGCUGUUUUUUCUCUCCCUGUAAAAACGUUUACGACCGCGCAGUCUUUUACGAUCUUACGUCGCUACUGCAGAAUUAAAUAAGAAUACGGUCCGUAUAUCGAGUCCCUUUGAAGAGUGCUCUCUCAUCUCCGAGGCCUUUUUAAACAAGUUCUCAUAAAUAACCGUAGAUCGUGAGCAAGCGACGAUAAAAUCGUGCGCUCAGCGAAAUUGUAAGCCGACGAGAAAUCGAAGCUCUCGCUGUCAAUGAUAAUUGGACACGUAUAGUAACAUAUUAGGAUUGUGAUACGAGGUGCGGCGGUAAAACAAGUGUUUGUGGAGGACAAAACGCUGAGAUGGGCGAACGUAGAACGUUGCGCGUUUAAUAUAUAUAUCGAUGAAACAUUGUCGAUAUCAUCAGGCCUAAUAUACUUAAAGUUAUGUAUGUGUACUUGUUGUUGUUGCCGAUUCUUAUAUAUCCGAACAUUUCACGGAGCAAUUUUCGUCUGUCGAUUUUCAAUGUUAUAUUUCGACGGCUGUAUCAAUUGAACUUGUAAAGAAGAGUAGAGAAGAGGCAGCGGGGCGAAAGUAAUCAUGGAAUUUACGUGCCGUUUCCUCAACAAACGUAGAACGACAGUUGUUAGUCUUCGAAGUUAACGGAGUGGUUGACUGAAUCAUUAGCGUUUUUACGUAGAAUAGAAGUGAGGGAAAGAGGAGGAAAAAAAAAGCCUUUUGACGAGAAAUGGCCGCACGACCGCCUCUCUUUAACACGACGGGCAAGAUCGGCGUUUUUCACACCAUAGCGCAGUAAAACAUAAGCAGACAUACACGUGCGGGAAGAAUUCCAUCGCGGGAGAAGACGUACCAUCGCAAACCAGCGCUUGAAACAAUUUGGGACGCGCAAGAAUCUAUAAUAGCGCUGCGAUUCGAUUGAGUGGCCCUCUUAGCUUUUCGAUUAAACAAAAAAAAAAAGGCCAGCAUUUCGUCCCCCCCGAGAUUGUUUCUGUUCCUCCGAUUUCAAUUCUGAUCACGUCUGAUCCCGAACGGCAAUAUCGUGAAAGAUAUCGUCUUGUCCGUUUCGAUUGUGUCGCUGUGAAUCAUUGAUAUAGUUUUUGUCGCCGAAGCUGCAUUCAUAGCGUUUAUAAAAAAUACGACUGUAAAUAUUAUUAACAAGUCGUAGCGCUGAACCCGUAAUGCUUUUAAUCAGAGUAGAUUAUUCUGUCGCGCUGGAAGAUCGAUCGCGUUAAUCAGAUUUGCUCCUCAGCUAAAUUCGCUAAAUAUGUAAUUUUCGGGGAAAUUUCACUAAAAUAGAGCGAUGCUCGCAAACUUGAAUGUAAUAAACAGAGCAGCCAAAAUUUUAAAAGCAGAUUUUAAUCCUGCUUAUACCGAACAUAACUUCAUAUAUAAAUCAUCGUAAAUUUUACGUAUAAAUCGUGCAGGCAAAAAAAAAUAAAAUAUAUGCGGAUAAAAUUAAAACAAUUUUUCAAAACAAUGCGUCGUUCAUUCGACAAAUACGGAGUAUAAUCGCAAGAUAAUUGCUGUCAAACGAUGCCAGAAUAAGACCAAAUGGCCGCGAAAGCGAUAAAUGGAUCGUUUCGAUAUUUACAAUCGAGUCAAGUACAAUCGCUUCGAUUUGGAAAUUAUUUUUUCGAAAAUAUAAUACUGAACGGAAAAAAUUAUAAAUGAGAACCUAUGAAUGUAGCUGAGCAGCUAUUUGAGAAAUAAAUGUACUUACUGUGUUCUU